GCGAUUUUUAAUUCAGACGGUUCAUGUAAAACGUAAAUAAAACUAAAAGAGCCUUAAGAUCAAAUUCGAUAUUUUCAUAAUAAAAAAUGAAAAGAACAAGAGCAUCUACAAGAAAUCAAAAUAGUGAAAAUAAAGAUUCAAAUAAAAUAGAUUUAGUAAAAGACAAUAAGAUGGUUAGCCAGAAGAACUCAAAGAAAGGUACAAGUAAUAGAGUCAAUAAAAAUGUAACAAAAAACUUUAAUGAUCUCAAAUUUAUGGAAGAAGAACUUCAACAGUUAGAAGAUCCACCAUCUACACCAUGGGAAAUAAAAAUAAGUACCUCCAAGCUUCUUUACUCAUUCUAUAAUAAUCCUUGUGAAAAAUUAGCUCAAAACAUUCUAGGAAAAAUAUUAGUACGCAAACUAGAUGAUGGAACUAUUUUAAAAGGAAAAAUUGUUGAAACUGAAAGCUACUUAGGUAUCAUAGACAAAGCUUCUGCUACAUAUCAAGGAAAAGUAACUCCUCGUAACAUUCCUAUGUACAUGAAGCCUGGAACAAUUUUUGUUUAUGUGACUUAUGGCAUGUAUCACUGUUUCAAUAUUUCUAGUCAAGGUGAAGGAAGUUCUGUUUUUCUCAGAGCAGUUGAACCCUUGGAAGGAAUUGAACAAAUGAAGUAUCAUAGAAAUUCAAAGUCAAACUCAAAAGUACCAAAAAAAUCAAAUAAAAAUUUUAAGUUACAUGAAUUAUGCAAUGGCCCUUCAAAACUUUGCAUUGCUUUUGACAUCAAUAAAGACCAUACAAAAUACUCAAUGUGUUCAUGGAAAGGCAUGUGGUUAGAAGAUGAUCCUCAAAAACAAGAUUACAAAAUUAUUUCUUGUCCUCGCAUAGGAAUAGAUAGUGCAGGUACUGAGUGGGCAAGCAAACCUUUAAGAUAUUACAUUUUUGAGAAUGAGUCCGUCAGCAAACGAGAUAAGAAAGCUGAAGAAAUGGUAAAUAUUUCAAAAUAA